AUGACUUACAGUUCUAUGUUACAUUAUAACCAGGAUGAAUGUGCGAUAACUAAAAUCGCACGAAAUCAAAUUACACUUACGAAACAUCUUGGUAGCGGCGCAUGCGGAAUGGUGUAUCAAGGAAAGAUGAAGGAUUUAGAAAAAUCGGGCACAGAGAUAUCCGUUGCAAUAAAAACGCUUGGAAAAGAUGCUUCUUCCCAUGAGAAAGAGAAAUUGUUAAAAGAAGCCAAGCUUAUGAGUCAUUUUCAACACAAACAUAUAUUAAGAUUGUUGGCCGUUUGUUUAGAUGGUGAUUCUCCGUUACUAAUGUUGGAUUUGAUGGAAACUGGAGAUCUGUUAAAAUAUUUGAGAGAAUGUCGAAAUUUGCAAGCAUCAGAUUCGCAUGCUUUGCGUUUGCAAGAUUUGCUCGCUAUGUGCGAAGAUGUUGCGCGUGGUUGUUGCUAUUUGGAAGAGUUGCGUUUCGUACAUAGAGAUCUAGCGUGUCGCAAUUGUUUAGUAUCUUCGAGAAAUCGAGAGAAUCGUGUCAUAAAAAUUGGAGAUUUUGGACUAGCUAGAAAUAUCUACAAGGAAGAUUAUUAUCGCAUGAUAAGUACAAUUAUGAAAAAAAUUAAGGAUUAA